AUGCCGUCUCAGUCGUUCUGCGAUCACAUUCGAUGGUGGUUCUGUACAGCCAAUCCCGAGUGUUCACCUCGGGCGGCCAUCACGGCAAUCACCAUCCUACUUUACAUCUCGAUCGUGUUGCUUUACGCUCUGUGCUACGUGCCGAUGGUGUUCGAGAAACCGUGCCGCAUCCUUGACAAAGCGUUAUGGUCGUUGUGCAGAACUAUAGGAUACCUACUAUGGAAGAUCUGCUGCACAAGCCGGGCCACAGAAGACAACGAUACGAUGAAGAAGCACUGUCGACAAAACCGCUACUAG